AUGAUCGAAGUUCUCAAACCAUUACAUGAGAUGAUGCUGCAAGGACCUCAGACACUCAGAGAGACAUCCUUCACUCAAGCGUUCGGUCGAGAUCUUCGUGAAGCGUUGAAGUGGAUCCACGCCUAUGAGCGGGAAGAGGCUCGGCACCAGCAAGAGAUUGUUGACUUCCGUGCUGAAGGGGAGCAGGGCAGUUCCGAUGACAAACGGCUAGACCUGAUCGACCAGGCUUGGCAGAUCUACUAUAAGGUCUUUCAAAAGAUCCAUAAACAGGUUGAAACCCUAUCCCAUCUCGAUCUACAAUACGUGUCUCCUCUCUUACUCAACGCACGCAAUCUGGAGUUGGCGGUUCCCGGCACUUACUCACCUGAACGUGAGGAAGCCGGAGACCUCGUCACGAUCUCAUACUUCAGUCCAAGCAUUGAUAUAAUAGCGAGCAAACAGAAGCCGCGUAUAAUUCAUAUGAGGGGAUCAGAUGGACGAAGUUACAAGUUCGUGCUCAAGGGCCAUGAGGAUUUAAAGCAAGACGAACGUGUGAUGCAGCUCUUCGGUCUUAUUAACAGUCUGGUGGCUGGGCAGGCCUCGAAAUCCAGAAAAUUCGGCGAUGCAGCUUCAG